AUGGAUGCUCCAAGGAACGUACCGGACCAAAAUAAUGAAGGAGGUCACCAGCCGACUGGACUGCCAAUUCAGGUUGAUAAAGGCCAACCAAAGGACGCUUCUGAUCCCAAACCACGACAGACUUUGUGGCUGACUGCUGGCAUUCUCCCUCCCGCAGCUGGAAACCGACCGAAAGAAACCUUGACGAUUGAGCGCUUUCACCCAUCUUGGCGACACUAG